CUUCUCUAGAUGCUUACUCUGCCAUUGUUAAACCUAAUUCCUUCAAUGAAACCUGUGUUGAUCCCAAAUGGGUGGAAGCUAUGCAAGCUGAAAUCUCAGCUUUGGAGGAUAACAAUACAUGGUGCAUAGUAGACCUGCCUCGAGGGAAAGUUCCUAUUGGGUGUAAAUGGGUAUUCAAAGUUAAGUAUAUGUCCAAUAGUGAGGUGGAGAGUUGGUAUAUUUUCCAAAUGGAUGUACAUAAUGCAUUCUUGCAGGGUGACUUAGUGGAGGAGGUUUACAUACACAUUCCAGAUGGCAUUUCAAGUGGAAAACCAGUGUGCACACCUCUUGAGUUUAAUCAUAAGCUCACUGCUGUUGAGUUUGAUCAAGAAGUAAAGAACAAUGCUUUUGAAGAUAUAAUACUUGAAGAUAAAGGCAGCUAUCAUAGGUUGAUAGGAAGAUUAUUGUACUUAACCAUGACAAGGCUAGACAUAGCCUUUGUAGUACACAUGCUCAGUCAAUAUAUGCAUGCACUUAAAGUUUCUCACAUGGAUAUUGCAAGAAGAGUAGUAAGGUACAUUAAGUCCACACCAGGACUUGGACUCUUUAUGCCUACUGGUAGCUGCAAACACCUUGUAGCUUACUGUGAUUCUGAUUGGGGAGCAUGUGUGGAGUCUAGAAGAUUAAUUACUGGAUAUGUGGUAAAGUUUGGUAGUGCACCGAUCUCCUGGAAAUCAAAAAAAUAA